AUGGACGGCGAGGACCAGCCCAAAACCCCGCUGACCCCACUUGCGCCAGCGGGCGUCGAGACCAGAAUGCAGGUUGAUAAUGCUUUGCGAGCAAUUCACCAGAAGAAACCUGUGCCAGAGAUAGACUUUACUCUGCAUACUAUGGAAGAUGGAAGUCAAGUGAGCACGAUGGAAAGAGUAUGCAAAGAUGUGCAAGCACCCGCCAUGGUUCCACCGACAGAUCAACAGUUCUUCUCACCACAAGAUCCAUCCAAGCCAAAUUUACAAUUCUUGAAGCAACAUUUCUAUAGAGAAGGUCGUUUAACCGAGGAACAAGCUCUGUUCAUUCUAGAGGAGGGUACAAAGGUCUUGAAGCAGGAGCCCAACCUUCUAGAAAUGGAUGCGCCAAUCACUGUGUGUGGUGAUGUUCAUGGACAGUAUUAUGACUUAAUGAAGCUUUUUGAGAUUGAUCGAUUCCGUGAACCUCCCACUCAUGGUCUUAUGUGCGAUAUCUUAUGGGCAGAUCCACUGGAGGAUUUUGGACAAGAAAAGACCUCGGAGUACUUCAUUCACAAUCAUGUUCGAGGUUGUUCUUAUUUCUUCUCAUAUCCUGCGGCAUGCAAUUUCCUGGAGAAAAAUAACCUUCUUUCAAUUAUCCGGGCACAUGAGGCACAGGAUGCUGGUUACCGGAUGUAUAGAAAGACUCGAACAACAGGAUUCCCUAGUGUUAUGACCAUCUUCUCGGCACCUAAUUACCUCGAUGUUUACAAUAACAAGGCCGCUGUAUUGAAGUAUGAGAACAACGUUAUGAACAUCAGACAGUUCAAUUGUACUCCUCACCCUUACUGGUUACCAAAUUUCAUGGACGUUUUUACUUGGUCUUUACCUUUCGUUGGAGAGAAGAUUACCGAUAUGUUACUCGCAAUUCUGAGCACUUCCUCGGAGGAUGAGCUCAAGGAUGAUCAGACUCCAUCGAGCAGUUCGCCAGGUCCUAUAUCACCGCCAGUCACUACUCCAAUAGAUCCGGAAUCUAUCGAAUACAAGAGAAGAGCAAUUAAAAAUAAGAUUCUUGCAAUCGGCCGUCUUUCACGAGUCUUCCAGGUUUUGCGAGAAGAAUCCGAGAGAGUUACCGAGCUGAAGACUGCAUCCGGUGGUAGACUUCCAGCUGGAACCUUGAUGCUUGGAGCAGAAGGUAUCAAGAACGCCAUUAGUAGUUUUGAGGAUGCACGAAAGGUUGAUUUGCAAAACGAACGUCUCCCACCUAGUCACGAAGAGGUCACGAGACAAACCGAAGAAGGACGAGAGCAGGCAUUAGAGAGAGCAAAGAGGGAGGCUGAUAAUGAUAAGGGGCUACAACUGCUUUCCCGAAGGCUUAGCACUGAUCGUAAGAAAUAA